AUGCGGCUUAGAAAGCGGAUAAAGGCAGCGAAUGCGAGAGAUGCUGAGGAGAAAGAUGCGGAGAUGGAGAUUAAGCUGUGGAGAGGCGUGGUGCGGCGCGGCGACACGGUGGUGGACGCGACGUGCGGCAACGGGCACGACACCAUGGCCAUGGCUGCCCUCGCCCUCGCCCCCGCGCCACCCAGCGAUGGCGAUGCAGGGAGCGCAGGGGAGGAGGUGAGGGGGCGAGUGGUGGCGAUGGACAUACAGGAGGAGGCAGUCAGCAGAACCCAUCGCCUGCUGGCAGCUGGCCUGUCAGAGGUGCAGAUGGCUCACGUGCACACGGUGUGCGCCUGCCACUCCACACUGCUCCAACAUGUCGCCCCUGGCUCUGCACGUCUGGUGGCGUUCAACCUUGGCUACCUGCCUCGGGCCCACCACGCUCCUCCCACCACCGCUCCCUCUCCUGCCGCCGCCCCUGAGGGCAUCACGACGCAGCCGCCCAGCACGGUGGCAGCGCUGCAGGCAGCCGUGGCAGCCACAGCUGUGGGCGGCGUGGUCAGUGUCAUGGCCUAUGUGGGCCACGCAGGGGGCAGGUGA